CAAUAGCCGCAAGGCUUAGGAGGUGAGGUGAGAAAAAAAUCGUAUAAAAGGAGAGAGAAAAGGCGAUUGAAACCAGUCGAGUGAGCAUCUCCGACACGUCAACAACUCCAUUCUUCGUCGUAAUAUCAGUUCGCAAUCAUGGUUAAUUAUGGCGUUGUCUCGCUGCCGGGUGUUGUAUCGUUGAUGUCGACUACGAGAGAAAACUGCAUUAAAGGAAAGAGUAAAGGCGACAGAAGUCAAUCAAGUGAGCAUCUCCGACCAGGCAACAGCUGCAUUCUUCGUCGUAUUUACCAGGUCGCAAUCACGGUUAACUAUGGCGUCGUGCAGCUAUUGGUUGUUUCGUCGAUAUCUGGGUGGACCACUGGUGUGCUGAUGCCCCUGGGUAUGGCGGAUACCAACAACUUACGCAACGACCAGUUACUACACCGAGGUUGCACAGUUAGGUUUACAGUUACACCACAGCUCAUGCUGCUCCGAGCUACUACACCGAAGGCCAGAAGUUUUAUUCUUCCCCGAGCUACACUACCAAAUCGCAUGUGCACACCUCCCAGGCUCCUAAGUACUACACCACCAAGGCACCUCAGACUACACAACUACGUAUGGAACGGUAAAGAGCGAGGUCUCUUUUUCGAACAAGACGAAUUCUAUUGCAAUCCCUUAAAGAUAGCGGCGGCGUUGCAGUCGUACGUUGCCAACGCGUCGUUAAACUUGACAUUUUUGGUUGGAAGGCCGAACUUCAUGAUGGCCGUACCAUCACCUACGACAAGCGUCUUAUUGCCGCAGGUGGUAAACGAAAAUCUUUGCCAAUCCUUGAUCGGUGUCCCUAAAGAUGUCCACGAGCAAGUGCCGCUGUUCCGCAACAGUGAUGGCCCAGUCCUCCCUAACUAUUUGAGCCAAUUGACUUCCGAGAAGGUGGAAGCGGCAGACGUUAAUGUGUUGCCCACAGCUAAUGUAGAGGGUGUAAUUUUGGAAGACAACAAUUUAAUUAAGGUCAAUGCGACAUUGACCUUAAACGAUGGUCAAAAGAUUCCAAUUUUGGUGGUUAUCGAGUCAAUGCUGAGCUUGAAGCACGAUCGAACGUCCGAUUGGCUCUGAUCACCACCUUGCUGUUGUAUCAGGGCGAUUGUCUAGAGAGAAGAAUACUGGCAACGAAACAUGGAUGAACAACUGCAGUGCACUGUCACCAAGUGCAUUCUUCGUCGUAUUAUUAGUACGCAAUCGGUUAACUACAGUGUCGUGCUGUUGUACCGUUGAUGACUGGGUUAACCUGGUGUAGGCAUAUCUCCUGGGUAUGGUGGAUACCGAACCGCAACGCCGCCGCCUUACUACACAAUAACAAAAUACGCAACGACCAGUUCCUAGACCGUCAAGGCAUCAGAGUGUUACACCACACCUUAUGAUGCUCCAAGCUUCUACACCGAAGCCCUGAAGUUUAACUCUGCCCCGACUGACAUCAAUAAGGAGGUCAAAUACCACAACGUGGUUUCCAAGUACUACACCGCCCAGGUAUUGGAGUGCUACACGACUACGUAUGCUGCCCCAGCCUACUACACCUAGGCCUUGAGUACUACUCUGUGCUCAGCUACUACACCGAAGCUCCAGCUUUUUACAUCAACCAAGAGUACUACACCGAAGCGCACAAAUAAGACUCUGCCUCGAGCUACGCAAUUACAACUGAAGAGGUACGCAGCAAAUUCUUACAACACAGCGGCUGCUCCUUCGUACUACGUUGAACCGAAAUACUAUGAGUCUAUGACUUAAGUUUACUACACCAAAACCUACGCUACUCCUAGCUACUACACCGAAGUCCCCAAGUACUACACCGAAAAGGCCGAUUAUUGCGCAACCGCGUAUGCUGUCAAAGUUUACUACACCGAGAAACCAAAGUGUUACUCUGCUGCAACCAAUACCAAACAGAGGCUCCGGUUUAUUACACCACCAAGGCCACUGAGUAUUACACUACAACUAACGCUGCCCCCCGCUACUACACUGAAGUUCCAAAGGAUUACUCUGCCCCGAGUUACCAAACCACUAAGGCACCUUAAUGUUACGCCACGACCUACACUUCUUCAUUUGUCUAAAGGGAGGCUCCUAUAUAUUAGCUGAAAUUGCAAUUUUAUUUAAUUGUGUUCAGAUGUGUACGUGAUAUGAAGUUACUAGUCAUUGU